AUGGCACCACGUCCUGAACCAACGGUAAUGCUGAAUCACCGUGGCGAGCGCAUGAUACCGCUAUUGUAUCGGUCUACGAAUUUCAAGAGUCAAGUGAAGAAAAAGACACGAAAACUCUCAGUUAUGGAAGAUGAAGUGGAACAUUUUCAUUUGACCAAGAAACAACGCAGUGAUAAUAAUGUGGAACCAGAAUUGGAAUCUACUUGUACUUUAGAAAAGAGUGAGAUCAAUUCACCUUUUGAGUUACAUUUAGAGUCGGUAUACAAAGGACAUGCAGAGGAUGGAUUGCAAUUCUUUGAAUCCCAUGGGUAUUAUGAUAUCACAGACGCUAAUACCGUCGCCAUGUUUCGACAGAAUUUUGGACUUGGGGAUGCAUUUUGGUUACGUAAAGAAGAAAAUGAGAAUGUCGAGGAAAUGGUGUUGGACACACUACGUCCAGCUGUUUACCCAUUUGGGUCCAUGCAAGAGAUUAUGAGUUCACGCUCGCUAUUAAAUCGUCAACGUACGAAUUCGGGUCGAUUUAUGUUGCUCGAUGACGAUGGAAACGAAGUAGACGAUCAUACGCUCUGGGAAAUGGAACGUGAGGACAGACUCAAGGCCAAGAGUCUGGAACUGGACGAUGAAGAGCUCGCGGAGCUUGCAUAUGAUCAGCUUGUGUUGGUGCAGGCGAUCACUGUUAUUCGGACAGAAAAGAAUCAAUUGCAGCAGUUUUUCUUGCAGUCUAUGCAAGAAGAAGAGGCUCAUGCUGUACAUAUUCCCAGUCCUGUAUUACAGCAGACAAAGCGAACUGAGCUGCCACCGGCCAUGCCACCCGCGGAUCUGGAAUUGCCACCAUACUGUGGUUAUGUGAACUUGCUUAAAGACACGAUCCCAUUCUUGAUGCGCAGCUGGCAUAAACGCUGGUUCUAUCUCGACUUUCAGGCGGGUGUCGUGCUUAUGUACAAGCGCAGCUAUUGGAAGAGUCCGCGUGGUGUUGUGGACUUAUGUAAUGUCGCACACAUUGAGAAGAUGAGUCAGGGCGAUUUUCGCAUUGAGUUCCGUGACACGGGUAGUGAUGCCCCGUCGAUGAUGCUUAUGCGUACAAAGCUGCCAGAGGAGGCUGAGCUGUGGGUGAAUCUGCUGCGCUUUGCCAAGCAGACGUCCCGUGGUGCACCUCGUCUCACCGGCUCGUUGAUGGACAACACCAAGGCGAUCAUGAAGAAGGCUUACAAAAAAAAUCAGGUGGACAUUCUCGCACAGAUACUGGCAAAUUCAGCGAACAGCGCGGGAUCAAGCAAUUUGCGUGCAAUUGCUCAGGCCUCGGCAGUAGCAGCAUCAGCUGUCGUUAACAGGCGCAACAGUAAACCUAACAGGCAGCACAACGCAGUCACGGCAUAG